AUGAUAGAAUUAGAUAAGCUAUUUGAGAAUGAAAUAUUCCUCAAAAAGCUUCAAAUAAUUAUUGAUGAAAGAUUUGAGUUAAAAGUAUAAAAAGGUUAAAAUGAAGUUGCAAAUGAUAAAUCCUUUAAUGAAUCAGUAAUUCUGCCUAGAAAUUAGGAAAGUACAAAUGAUUUAUUUGGCGAUGAUGAAAAAAAUUAAAAAAGCUUGAGAAUCGAGUUUGAAAAAUUAUCUACAAAUCACAAAAAUAAUGAAGAAAAUGUGAGCCAAUUUAUAGAGGAAAUUAAAAAAGAAAAGGAAUAAGAUUAAUUGCAAGAUUUUUUGGGAGAUAUUAAUACCUCAUGCUAAUCAGAUUCGAACUAGACAUAAUAUUAGUAGUAAAUGGAUUAGAUGCAUAAAAGAAAAGAGUAGAUUAUUGGACAGCUAAAUAAUGUUUUAAUUGGAAUUACUCAGUUUAAUUUAGAAUAGUAGCUAAAGAAAUUAUUAGACUCUAUUGAAAGUAGACUUGGAAGAUGUGAGAAAGUUUGUCUUGAAAAAUUAGUGACAGCCAACAACAGCAAUUAAUUAAAUAAUCAAAAUUUAGAAUCAAUAAGUAAAAAUUUCACUACAAUUCACUCAGAAAUCAAAAAGAUAAACAGCUUUUUAGAUGUAAUUUAAGAAGAAUAGCUUCAUCAAAAGUUAAAAAUUGAAGAAAGUUAUUAAACGACUAAAAAACCUUACCAUAGCAGAAAUAAAUCAGUAUAAAACUAAAACAAUUUUAUAAAUGGACAAUAUAAUAGCAUGGGAGGUGGAGAUUUUAUACCUGAUGUGAUACUAUAAGAGUUAUAAAUGCAUCGAAUAGAUAUAGAUGCUAAGGAUGAGUCAAUUAAGCAUUUAGAGCAUAAAAUAAUUAAAGUAUAACAAGAUUGUUUUAAACUUGAAGAGGAUUAGGAAGAAAAGUUUAAGAUAUUUGAAGAAAAAAUAAUAAAUAUUUGGCAGAGUAUUGCAUUUAUGACAGAAAAUAUAACUGAGAUUAAUAGAAAGUUAGAAAAGAAAAAAAGUGGAAUUUUCUUUUGA